AUGUCGCCCGCGCUUCAAAAGGGCAAUUUCAAGCUGCUUCAGCAGUUCAAGCCCGACUACUCUGCGAGUGAAUUCACCGAAUAUGAAUCUCAACGUACAGGAAUGCGUGUUGUGGUCAUUGACCAGAAGGGCCCAAAAGUGAAUGGAUAUUUUGUCCUUGCUACAGAGAUCCAUGACGACUCGGGUGCCCCCCACACUUUGGAGCAUCUGUGUUUCAUGGGCUCUCGGAACUAUCGCUACAAAGGAUUCUUGGACAAGCUAGCGACCAGAGUGUACUCCAGCACAAAUGCGUGGACUGCCACGGAUCACACAGCCUACACCCUGGACACGGCAGGCUGGGAAGGAUUUGCUCGCAUCUUGCCCGUCUACUUGGAACAUGUCAUUGCUCCCACGCUAACAGACGAGGGCUGCUACACUGAAGUGCACCAUAUCGACGGCUCUGGAAAUGAUGCCGGAGUGGUGUACUCUGAGAUGCAGGGCGUGCAAAACAAUGCCGCCGAGUUGAUCGACUUGGCUGCCCGACGUGCCACUUACCCUCCCGGUGUCGGCUUCCGAUAUGAGACUGGAGGUAUGAUGGAACAACUUCGCGUGCUGACCGCAGAACGAAUCCGCGAGUUCCAUCGCGAGAUGUAUCAACCCAAGAAUCUCUGCCUGGUAAUUACGGGCGAGGUUGACCAGGACAACAUGUUGCAAAUUCUGGACAAGUUCGAAGAUACCAUCUUGGACGUGAUUCCUAGCCCUGACGCACCCUUCAGGAGACCGUGGACGGACUCAAAGCAGGUCUUGGCUUUGGACAAGUCCACCAUCCAGAAGGUUGAAUUCCCAGAGGAGGAUGAGUCGUUCGGUGAAAUUGAGAUUCGUUUCCUAGGACCGGACUGCAACGACCCCAUUCAAUCUGGUGCCCUGAAUGUUGCCCUUCUGUACCUGGCCGGGUCCUCUGCGUCUCUGCUGGAAAACACAAUUGUUGAGAAGGAACAGAUUGCAAGUGCAGUCUACUACGCCACAGAGGAUCACCCCAGCAUUGAGAUCCGAUUCACACUCACCAGUGUUGAGACUGCAAAGCUUGAGAAAGUAGAGAAGAGAUUCUUCAAAAUUCUGAAGGAUGCUAUGAAAAAGCCGCUCGACAUGAAGUAUCUGAGAGAGUGCAUCGACCGCCAGCGUCGAACCUGGAAGUUCUCGACUGAGAAUUCGGCCAACUCAUUUGCAGAAUACGUGAUCACAGACUUUCUUUUCGGAAAGCGGGACGGCUCUACUUUAAGGGAUGUUGCCUCGCUCAAGGAGUACGAUGCCCUCGAACAUUGGAAUGAGGACCAGUGGCGAUCAUUCAUCAACAAGUGGAUCGCCGAUGCCAACCAUGUAUCUAUUUUGGGAUAUCCAUCCUUGAAGCUUUCUGCGAAGCUCAAAUCCGACGAGGAGGCCCGGGUAACCGCUCAAAAGGAGCGUCUCGGCGAACAGGGGCUGAAGGAGCUCGCAGACAAGCUCGAGAAGGCAAAGGCUGAGAACGAUAAGGAGAUUCCCGAAGAGCUUCUUGGUCAAUUUGCCAUCCCCGGCACCGAGUCGAUUCACUUCAUGAACACCACCACGGCUCGCUCAGGCGCCGCACUCAAAGCUGGCCGGCCCGAGAAUACGAUCCAGAAGCUGAUUGAUGCCGAUGACGCGGGUCAGCCUCUCUUCAUCCACUUUGAGCACAUCCCAAGCAGCUUUGUGCAGCUGUCUGUGCUCAUCUCCGCUGAGUCUGUUCCUCUUCAGCUUCGCCCUUUGCUGUCUAUCUAUACCGAGGCAUUCUUCAAUAUCCCCGUCCUCCGUGAUGGAAAGACGAUCAACUUCGAGCAGGUGGUGGUAGAGCUGGAGAAGGACACUGUGGGAUACGCAAUGAACACGGGUCGCGCGCUUGGAAACUCAGAGAUGCUGCGUCUGUCCUUCCAGGUGGAGCGUGAAAAGUACGAGUCUGCGAUUGCUUGGUUGCAGGAGCUGUGCUGGAACUCAAUCUUCGAUGCUGAGAGACUCCGUGCUAUCACCACCCGCCUGUUGGCCGAUGUGCCCGAUUCCAAGCGUAGCGGUGAUGAUAUGCUUGCAGCUGUCCAUGUCAUGGUUCACUACGACCAGGAGUCGAUCGCCCGAGCUCGGUCUACGCUGGUCAAGGCCCGCUACUUGAAGCGUGUGAAACGUCUCCUCGCUGAUAAGCCUGAGGAAAUCGUCGAUCGCAUGGAGCAAAUCCGCCAAUCACUCUUCCAGCCCGAUAAUAUCCGCGUCGUUGUGAUUGCUGAUCUCGAGAAGCUGGAGCGUCCCGUCUCUGCCUGGAAGCCCUUCACCGAGCGCUUGGGAACGAGCGAGACGCUGAAGCCUAUCACUGAUCGUCGUGCUCUCUUGAGCGAGGCCGGUAAGAACAUUGGCGGUCACUCCUACAUCGUAGCCAUGCCAACUGUGGAUUCGUCAUACGCCUAUGCCACUGCCCGAGGUCUGGAUUCCUACGACCACCCCAAGCUCCCUGCCUUGCUGGUCGCCAUCGCGUACAUGAACGCGGUCGAAGGCCCGCUCUGGGUUGCCGUCCGUGGUAAGGGUCUCGCAUACGGAACCAACUUUGCCUAUAACAUCGACACCGGCUUCGUCAACUUCGACGUGUACCGGUCGCCCAACGCCCAUAAGGCCUUUGAGUCCAGCAAGCAGAUUGUGGAGGGCCAUCUGUCUGGUGCUAGUGCCUUUGACCCGCUCAUGCUGGAGGGGGCGAUCAGCAGCAUCGUGGUGGGAUAUGCCAACGAGCAGAUGACCGCGGUCAGUGCCGCUCAGGGCAGUUUCAUCCGACAGGUUGUGCGCAAGUUGCCGAGCGACUACAAAGAGAAGAUGCUCAAGAAGGUGCGGGAUAUCAGCGUUGACGAGGUGAAGGAAGCUCUGCGUGAUAUCAUUCUACCUCUGUUUGACGCCAAGACCGCCAAUCUUGUCGUCACCUGUGGUACUGUUCUUGAGGAGACUCUGCGCAGCGGUUUUGAGUCGGUGGGAUUCACGCCGGUUCUUCAACCGCUCAAGGAAUUUGAGGAUGACUACGGGCUGAAGCUCGGUGACGAGGGUGAAGAGGAGGAAGAAGAGGAAGAGGAGGAUGACGAGGACGACGAGGGCUCUGAAGAUGAUGAGUCCGGCUCCGAAGAUGACAGUGAUGAAGAUGACGAAUGA